AUGUCCGGCAUAAGUGAUUUCUAUCGCGACAAAGUGGUGUUCGUGACCGGCGGAACCGGGUUCAUCGGGAAGAUCGUGGUGGAAAAGCUGCUGCGAACGUGCGAAGUGAAGGAAGUGAUUUUGAUGGUGCGCGAGAAAAAGAACACGCUGCCAGAGCAUCGCAUCAAGAAGCUUUGCGCCUCGCCGAUAUUCGAACGUUUGGCCAAAAAGCAACCCAACUACCAGGAUCGGAUUCGUGUGAUUGAAGGCGAUCUCGAGAAGCCCAACUUUGACCUGUGUCCGGAGAGCAUGGACUAUCUGAAGGAGCACACAAACGUCAUCCUGCACAUUGCGGCCACGGUGAAGUUUGACGAGGAGAUGAUCAAGGCCAUCACGAUCAAUCUCGGUGGCACGCGAACCGCGCUGGAGAUUGCACGGCAAUCCAAACAUCUACAGAGUUUCGUGUACGUUUCGACGGCAUACUCGAACAGCUACGACGAACACAUCCAGGAGCGGGUCUACCCGAUCGACUACAACCCGGAGAAGAUCCUGGCCAAUCUCGACGACGAGAAGUUGAUACAGGAUGUGAUCAAGUAUUCGCUCAAGUGGCCCAACACGUACACCUUCACGAAGGCGCUGGCGGAAGCGAUGACGCUCGAGUACCGGCAGCACUUCCCGGUCGCGAUCGUGCGCCCGUCCUGCGUAAUGGCGAGCCUGAACGAACCCUUGCCGGGCUGGUGCGAUUCGAUCUACGGCACGAACGGUACGUUCAUCGGCUGGUACUAUGGGCUGAUACGGACCAGUCACAUCGAUCCGGAGGUGACGAUCGACACCGUACCGGUGGACUACGUAUCGAACGCGAUCAUUGCCGUCGGCUGGAAGACGCACUACGAGAGAGCCCGGGAGCCCGAACUGCUGGUGUACAACUGUGUAAGCUCCACCGACAAUCCACUGACCUUUGACGAACGAAGACGCGAAUGUGAGAAGGCAUGCAAGAAACAUCCGCUUCUGACCGGCAUCUACCGACCGAUCACCUUCGCCUCGAGCAACGAGUUCAUGUUCCGGCUGUACUCGCUGGUGCUGCAUUAUCUGCCCGCCUACAUCAUGGAUAUGGCCAUGAAGCUACGUGGCGAGAAGCCCCGUCUAGUCGAUACGUACAUCAAGAUCGAUAAGGUCGUUGCCACGGUAAAGAAGUUCUCCAACACCACGUACUUCUUCGACAACCAGAACAUGAAAGACCUGUACCUGGCCAUGAGCCACGGGGACCACCAGCAGUACCCAUGCGACAACCGAAACUACAGCUGGCGGCUGUACUUCGAGGUUGCCGUACCAGGGCUGAAGAAAUACUUCUUCAAGGAGGACCUCAACAACGUGAAGCGGGCCCGCGAAGUGAUGCGCAAGAAGGAGCUGAUCGUGAACACUAUACUGUUUCUAAUCGUCGGUCUUAUGCUGCUCCAGCUGUACUACCUUCUGCGCUAG